GAGAGCUGUUUCGCGAGUAGGACCGUUUACCGUACCAACUCUGAGAUGGUGCUGUUGUGUUCGAAUUUAGUUAACAAAAUGCGAUCAACAUGUGAAGAACGAAGAGGAAGGUGUUUUUGAAGCACACUGGAGGGUGUGGUGAAUUAUGUUCUGCCGAGCGAUAUUUUUUUUUCCCGAGAAGUCUCGGACUUUCUCUUUCAUUCAUGAAUUGUACCCGAAGAUGAACCUGCUUCCAGUGCCUACUCGACAGAUGAAUCUGUUCUACCUAUCAAAAGGAUUUAUACUGGGAGCCGAUAUGCCUUCCGGGUUGUAACUUGUUUGUCUAGCGGCUAUAGUGUCAUAAAGUCAAGAGUGUAGAUACUAGAGCUUUCGCUUUAUUACGACCAUCAGACUUUACUCGUAUCUCUUUUUCGUCUAUCUUCUCCCCAAUAAGUUGUGAAGUAGUUUCCACUAUGGAGCCCCCAAUUAGUACAACAACAGCUCCAACAUCCUCUGAUACCGCUAUUUUUUCCUCCACAGCCUCUUACCUUUUUUCCAGUAACCCCUCUGCCCUGCACAUCGGGCUCUCAGUCUUCGUGGCUACCUUGGUCCUCUGGAUCCUAGUCUCAUUCAAUAUGGGAAACUCCAGUGUUGCCGACUUGAUAAAAAAGGACGGUGGAAGUCCGAGUAAACAGGAACCCCAGCCUGAGCAAAGUGGCGAACAGGAAAGGCCACCGAAAAAGCAGUUUCCAGUGCCGGAAGAGGGGUCCAGGGAUCCGAAUUACGAAUGGACCUUUCAGACGUUAAGGGACUACGACGGGGACAAGAACCGCAUGUACAUAGGGGUCUGCGGACUGGUGUUUGACGUACAAGAGAGCGACAACUUUAGGCCGGAUUUUGGUACUCAAUCUACAUAUCCCGUCAGUAGUGCUGCCAGUUUGGGGUAAUUUUGCAUGAAGUUUAUAUGUUGUCAUUCCUGUUUUACUCGUAGGCCCACACUUCACUCCACGACAUAAUCCUGAGUUGGGAAUCGAUCGAGAUCACCUCAAUGUAGCUUGAAAUCAAUUCUGUCAAGAACACGAUUUCCAAAAAUCAGGUUACGGCAAGCUUUGGGGCGGAAGGGACGCGACGUACUCACUGGCAAUGUUGAGUUUAAAACCGGACGACGCGGCAAAACUGGACUGGAAUAUCCCACAGAAAAAAGCAGGCAGGGCAGAUUUGUAUGUAAUGCAAAAAUAAAUAUGCAGAAAAAUCUGUCAUGGGCAACGCCAUAGCAUGCUGUUUAGGACAUGCAAGACAGAUUGUUUUGUGUAUUUAUUUUUGCAUUACAAAUAAUCAUGUCUGACCUGCCUAGUGCUUUUUUCUGUGUGAUAUGGAAGCUAGAGGACUUACCCGAUGGGAACAAGGAGAGUAUGGCUUUUUCUUCUCUUCGUAUUUAGUACUAGUAUACUUACACCUGCUGUAUAAAAAUGAACUCUUGAUGCACAUGCAAGUAGAACACUCUUAGCUUGAAAACGAAAAAACCAAACUUCCUCAGGUUUAAAGUCGUGGCUGGAUCACUUCAAGAAGAAGUACACAAUAGUCGGGAAGCUCGCAGAAUACGACGGCUGGGACUUUUCACCCCUGGAUGCCUUCGCAAAAGCACCGGCGGAAGAUGCUGCUGCGGCUUCGUGAAAGGACGAGGAUUUUUUUGCGACGAUGCUCGUCGGAAAGGACAACAACAGCAACAACUCCACUCGCUUUAUUGCAAAACGACAAUCGCGCUAUUGAAAAACUGGAUUAUGAUCCACAUAGUCGCUAGACCACACUGUUGCAGCGUCAUGGUGUCAAACAUGUAAAGAAAUUUUUCAAAAGCCCAAAAACACUUCACGCAUGAUUCUCUUUC